CCCAGGGCUACUCAUAUAUAUGUAUAUGACAUACAUAUCAUCAAUGUGUAAUCUUACUUGUUAUUUUUUUUCAUGUAUUCAUAUAGGAUGGCUGAUUAAAUUUUGCAAAUUAAGAAAAACAAAUAUGGAGGACAAGAGAGAAGAAGAAGUUAUGCACAUAGCCAUGUUUCCAUGGUUAGCUAUGGGUCAUCUUCUUCCUUUUCUUAGUCUCUCUAAGUUGCUAGCUCAAAAGGGUCACAAGAUCUCCUUCAUAUCAACACCAAGAAACCUCGAAAGACUUCCCAAACUACCAUCAAACCUCUCCUCCUCCAUCACCUUCGUCUCUUUCCCUCUCCCUCUCAUCUCCGGCUUGUCUCCAACCUCAGAAUCUUCCAUGGACGUACCUUACAACAAGCAACAGUCUCUCAAAGCCGCCUUUGACCUUCUCCAGGCACCGUUGAAAGAGUUUCUCCUACGGUCUUCUCCGGACUGGAUCAUAUACGACUACGCGUCUCACUGGCUCCCUUCUAUUGCGGCUGAGCUUGGAAUCUCCAAGGCCUUCUUUAGUCUCUUUAACGCUGCAACUCUCUGUUUCUUAGGACCGUCUUCGUCGUUGAUUGAUGAGUUCAGAACUACCCCGGAAGAUUUCACGGUGGUGCCGCCGUGGGUUCCGUUUAAGUCAAACGUCGCGUUUCGUUAUCAUGAAGUCACAAGAUACGUUGAGAAGACGGAUGAAGAUGUAACCGGGGUUUCUGAUUCUGUCCGGUUCGGUUACUCUAUCGGCGAGAGCGAUGCGGUUUUUGUCCGUAGCUGUCCGGAAUUUGAAUCGGAAUGGUUUGGUUUACUAAAAGAUCUGUACCAAAAACCGGUUUUUCCAACCGGGUUUCUUCCUCCGGUUAUUGAAGACGACGAUACAACAUGGGUUCGUAUUAAAGAGUGGCUCGACAAGCAGCGAGUUAACUCAGUGGUUUACGUGUCACUCGGCACGGAAGCGAGUCUCUGUCGUGAGGAAGUCACCGAGCUAGCUCUUGGGUUGGAGAAGUCAGAGACACCUUUCUUUUGGGUUCUAAGGAACGAGCCACUGACUCCAGACGGGUUCGAGGAAAGAGUCAAGGGACGUGGCAUGGUUCAUGUUGGAUGGGUUCCACAAGUGAAAAUACUGAGGCACGAGUCAGUGGGAGGGUUCUUGACACACUGUGGCUGGAACUCAGUGGUCGAAGGGUUAGGUUUUGGUAAAGCUCCGAUCUUUUUGCCGGUGCUGAAUGAGCAAGGGCUUAACACGAGACUGUUGCAUGGGAAGGGGAUUGGUGUUGAGGUUUUAAGAGAUGAGAGAGAUGGGUCGUUUGAUUCUUGCUCGGUGGCUGACUCGGUUAGAUUGGUGAUGGUGGAUGAAGAAGGUGAGUCAAUAAGGGAUAAAGCUAAGCUGAUGAAAGGUUUGUUUGGGAACAUGGAUGAGAAUAUUCGCCACGUUGACGAAAUUGUCAGUUUUAUGACAAGUAAAGGAUCAUCAUCAUCGUCAUCAUCUAGUUGUUGAUAUGAUUUAGGCUUUUGUCCAUUACGGCUGCCGUGGGAGCAUCCAAUCAAGAUAUAUAUUUAAUUUGGAAGAAAAAUAAAAAGACACAAAGAUAAACUUAAAAUAUUCGUAUAAUCCAAUAAAUCGUGUCUUUGAACUUUUGAAGUUGUCUCAAAAAUAAGUAAUCUACAUUACCAUAUUAUGCCA